AUGCCUCGGACGUCGCGGAACCAUCAAGUCUACGAGUCUAUGGAUGAAGCCAGCGCCGCAGAUCAAGUCCGAGAACCCCUAUUACUCAGUCACAAUGAUGACUUUGCCAGACAUCAGUCGAUCGAAUAUUCAUCUUCCAAUAACCAUUAUGAUCCUACCGAAAACGACAUCUCAGCAGUCGACCGGGACUCGGAUAUCGAGCUCGAGAAGUACGAGAUGGAUGAUCGGAUCGGGGAGAUCCCAUCUGGAUUUACUCGACGUUUUAGGAGAGAAGGCCUUUUCAAUCCAUCGAUCUCAAGAUCUCAUCGAACCGAAUCCUGGGAAACUAAUGAUCUAUUGUCACCCAGAAUGGGCAGACAAGUAAGGGAAUUUCUCGUUACAGUUGACCUUUUAGUCAUUCCCGGACGACCUACUCAGUAGCUCGUGCGAUUCAAAAGAUGAGAUGGAGGAGGAAGAAAUCGAGGAGAAAGGAUUCAAGAAGGUAACAAGAAAUAUGAAUUAUACUGUUCUUUUCAGUAUGCCAAACUGAUCCUCCCUCAUGUGGGCCUGGUCCUAUUGACUUGUGCUUACACAAUAAUGGGAGCGGCCAUCUUCUUUUGGGUCGAAAAUCCAAAUGAAAAAGCGACCAAAAGAGAUCAACUAGACAUAAUCUUCGAGAAACAGGAGCACUUUGUAGGAGCUGUGUUAGAUUUAGUAUCCAAAAAAGAGAGUAGUAGGGUAGUUUGGAAUGAUCUGGCGACACAGCAUCUCCAUAAUAUGAGUGAUCAUCUCUUCAUCGCAUACGAAAAGUUCUUUCUGACGGCCAAUGAGGUGAAAACGAACAAAACUCAUGAGAUCUGGACUUUCUCUAGUGCUGUCUUUUUCGCUGUUACAGUCGUUACAACUAUUGGUAAGAGGUUGGCGUCGUAGAGUGACUUUGAAUACGUAAUUCAUCUUCAAAUUGUCAGGCUAUGGAAACCCCGUUCCGAUCACCCAGACGGGUCGAAUAAUGUGUGUGGUGUUCUCAUUGUUCGGAAUCCCCCUUACUCUUGUCACCAUCGCUGAUAUGGGUAAAUUCUUGUCGGAACAACUUGUCAAGUUGUAUGCUCGGUAUUUGCGGAUCAAAUAUUGGUUAUUGAGACGAGUGGAGCAUCAGAAAGAACGAAGAGAAAAGGUCUGCGAUGAUUGCCGCGAGCACAGGGGAUUAACGCCAGGCUUGAGGAUUGUGGAAGAGACGAGGUUUGUCGUGACGUCAAAAGUACUUAAAAUUGUGGCUCAAAAAAAUAAUCUUGUGUUUCAGGAUACCUUCAAUGGUUGUGUUUGCUAUUUUGGUGAUGUAUACGGCCCUAGGCGGUGUGUUGAUGUCCCAUUUGGAGCCGUGGAAUUUCUUUACGUCCUUUUACUGGUCAUUCAUCACAAUGACAACGGUAAUCUCUUCUCUCCACGCUCUCCUCCAUCAUAACAUCUAAUUGGCCCAUUCGUUAUUCGAAUCCAUUACAAAUUCUAAUUUUAGGUCGGCUUCGGUGAUUUAAUGCCCAAACGAGAUCAGCACAUGUAUUGGAUUCUCCUUUACAUCGUUCUAGGUAAUCGCUUUUCAAAAUUACAACUCUUUGUGUUUGAUAUUGACUAACAUAGUUGGUCUUAAGGUUUGGCAAUUACAACCAUGUGCAUUGACCUCGUUGGUAUACAAUACAUUAGGAAGAUUCACUAUUUCGGACGCAAAAUACAGGAUGCCAGGUCUGCGUUAGCUGUAGUUGGCGGAAAGGUAAGUAAAUUUAAUGAGUUAUGUAUAAAAAACUAUAAUAAUUCUAAUCAUUGACAUACAACCAAUUAUAGGUGGUGCUCGUCUCCGAACUGUAUGCAAAUUUGAUGCAAAAACGGACAAGGAACAGCGCUCGCGACGCCUUUAUCAUCGAGAACUUGUACGUCUCCAAGCACAUCAUCCCUUUUAUCCCCUCGGACAUACGAUGGAUCAGAUAUAUUGACCAGAACGAGAUGCCUCCCCGUUCUUUGAGCAACUCCAUCUCGAGUCUGGAGUUACAAUCUUGUCGUUUCUGCCAUUCCCGGUUCAGCAUAUCACAUUCCCAGUCGCAGACGGCCCUUGAUCAAACGACUAAUCGGCCCACGGAGAAUUCGAAAGAACCUCUUAAAUCAUCUAAUUCUUGA